AAAAAAAAAUUAUGUUUUCGAACUCUUUCAACUAUCAGAGAAAGGAUUUACUUGCAAAAUUAUGGAGAAUUCGGGGACAUUUGAAGAUUGAGUUUAUCACAAUUUUCUUUCUGUGUCCUGCGUACUUUGGCGUGAUCGCGUAUUCGACGUUCGAGUUGCAAAAGGCAUGUCACGUUAAUUUAAAAAUCGACGCUGAAACGUGCGAUCAGCUGAAUAACGUGCGCUACAAAGAGAUUUGUACUCUCAUCCAUAAUUAUGACGAUGUUCCAGCAGCGAAUGCGAGUAUCGGAGACAUUUUUCACUUUGUAACGAUCGUAGAAGGACGAAAUGACGUCGAAAUUGACGAACUUUCGAAAAUUUUAAAGGUUUGCGAUGCCGAGAGGGACAGCCAGAAGCUAAUUUCGAAAACUUAUUCGAUCAGAGCUCCGAUCGCGACGAGCCUAACUUUGCUAAUUGUGAUUUUCGCGGGUUCCUGGAGCGAUAAACACGACAUCCGCAAGGUUUUUAUCCUUUUUUCGUUCAUUGGAGAAAUUAUCGGGACGAUUAUUUAUAUUUUGUCGGCGGUAUUUUACGAUGAAAUGCCCAUAGAUCUCACAAUUUACGUUUCGAGCAUUUGUAUGUCGCUUUUUGGAGGGAAAUCGUUGUACGGGGUCGGUAUUGAUAGUUAUUUGGCGAUUACAACGACGGAGGAUUACCGAACGUUUAGAAUUGGGUUCUUCAGUAUGUUCCGAACGGCCUUGGGGAUAUUUGCUUCGCCACUUGGAGGGAUUUUCUUUGAUAUUUUGAGCUAUAAACAAUUAUUUACCGUCAAUUUAUUCACUCAGAUCAUCGGAAUUGUCACAGUUAUCCUUUGGUUGCCCGAUGUCAAGGCGAAAAAUGCUCCAAGUCAGUCGAAUGUGAAUGGAAAUGUCGAUGCCAAGACCAAAAACGAGCCAUCAGUUGAUCUUCCAGUCAUGGAAAUGCAGAAAAAACGCAAUUUUUGUGCGGAUUUCUUUGAUCCGAGUCACAUCAAAGACUCGAUUACCGUUCUAAAAGUCCCUCGUCCCAGCAAUAAACGUAAAAUCCUGCUUUUUGUCGUCUUACUGAACGCCGUCAUUUGUGCCACAUUCGGUGAAGACGAACUUUACAUCCUCUACUGCCGCAAAGCGCUCAACUGGACAACGGAAUUUAGUAUUUUUGUCUCAUAUUACACCGUAAUUGGCAUCCUAGGCACAGGAAUUGCUACUCUCGUCUUUUCCAAAUGUCUAAGAAUGUCGGAUCCAGUCAUGGCGAUGAUUUCUAUCGCAGGAUCCAUUGCAGCAAAUCCUAUUUUGGCGUUCGCACAUUCAACGUUCAUGGCAUAUGUUGGAGUAACUGUUGACUUCUUUUAUUACGUGAGGUACUUUAUUAUCAAAAGUAUGAUUUCGAAAUUGGUCGAUGGCAAUGAAAUUGGAAGAGUUUUCUCACUUUUGGGUAUAACGGAAAACUUGGAUUCGAUCAUUUUUGUGCCAAUUUAUGCGGUUAUCUAUUAUCACACGUUAGAUAUUCUGCCAGGAGCCUUUUUCCUCUUCAGUAAUAUAUUUUUACUGAUUGCUUUUGGGAUUUUGAUAUAUUUAAGGUAUUUGUACAGAAAAUCAGACUCCAAGCCGACUGAAGAGAGUUAAAAUUGAAUAAAACUUACAAAAAAAAAAACAUUAAGAUCUUUAUUCAAAAAUUUAAUUUUUCUCUU